CCUCGAUCACGACGCGCCCCGUCCACCCACCCCUCGUCCGCCCACCCAUCGCCGAGAGGGCGGUCGCGCUGCAUGCACGAGACGGACCUGGUCGCGCUGCAUGCUAGCGCGACACGGACCUGGUCGCCCUGCCUGCUCGAGACGGACGGUCUCACUGCCCGCUCGACACGGAGGUCGUCUUGCCUGCGCGAGACGGCGGUCGCGCUGUACGCUCGACACGCUCCUCGUCUUGCCCGCUCGACACGGCGCUCGUCUUGCCCGCUCGCCCCGCUCCUCACCUUGCCUGCUCGCCCCGCUCCUCACCUUGCCUGCUCGACACGGCGGUCGCGCCGUACGCUCGACACGGCGGUCGCCCUGCAGCUCGCGAGGACGGUCGCGCUGCCUGCUAUGCGCGACACGCUCAUCGUCUUCCCCGCUCGAGAGGGCGGUCGCGCCGCACGCUCGACACGGCGGUCGCGCUGUAAGUUAUGCUCGCCCCGCUCCUCACCUUGCCUGCUCGAGACUGACCUGGUCGCGCUGUAUGCUCGACACGGAGGUCGCCCUGCACGCUCGACCCGCUCCUCGUCUUGCCUGCCCAAAACGCAGGUCGUCUUGCACGCUCGACACGGCGGUCGCGCUGCCCGCUCGACACGGAGGUCGUCUUGCCUGCUCGAGACGGACCUGGUCGCCCCGCCCGCUCGACACGGAGGUCGCCCUGCCUGCUCGACACGGUGGUCGCGCCGUACGCUCGACACGGCGGUCGCGCUGCCUGCUCGACACGGCGGUCGACUUGCCUGCUCGAGACGGCGGUGGCACUGCCCGCUCUCCCCGCUCCUCAUCUUGCCCGCUCGAGACGGACGUCGCGCCGCACGCUCGACACGGCGGUCGCCCCACAUGCGCUCGACACGGACCUGGUCGCGCCGUAUGCGCGAGACGGCGGUCGCGCCGUACGCUCGACACGGACCUCGUCUUGCCUGCUCAACAGGUCGGUCGCGCCGUAUGCUCGACACGGAGGUCGCCCUGCAUAUGCUCGACACGGACGUCGUCUUGCCCGCUCUGCUCGAGAGGCCGGUCGCGCCGUACGCUCGAGCCGGCUGUCGCCCUGCCCGCUCGAGACGGCGGUUGCGCUGUACGCUCGACACGGAGGUCGCGCUGUCGCUCCUUUGACUCGGAGUGUGUGGAGAAGAGAGGGGAGAGCAGAGUGAUAACGAGGAGGGGGGAGGAGCGAAGGUGGGGAGGAGCGCUGGGGCGGAGAUGAGGAGGGGGACGGGCG